AUGGAGGAGCAGCUGGCUGCCAUGGAACAGGCGCGGCGCGAGCAGGGAUUGGCGGCCUCGUCCUCGUCCUAUCAACCUUCCGGGCGCUCGACGUCGGUUUCCUCUUCCUCUUCAUCUGCAAGCUCGAAUCCAGCCAUCUCUUCCCUACCGCACCGCAACAAGCACGCCCCACCUCCCAAGGUCAAACUCUAUCAGCCGCCUCUAGCGCCCUUUGCUCCGUCAAACACCACUCAGUCAAGCCUCAAUGGCGCAAGUACAUCUACGCCCAAUAGAGGCACAGGCUCUCGCACAGAUCCGAUCGUCUUUGGCGAGUCUUCGCCUAUCGGUGCGGCUUCUCGUCAGAACCCUUUUCAAUCGGCUAGACCCGCAAAUAUAAGCAGCGCAUCCUCGACUUCAUCUCGACCUCCUCUCCUCCCACCAAGACCUCCCACUUCGUCCACUUCCAGCUUUGCUGCAUCUCAGCCUUUCCGCUCUCCCAACUCCAAGUCCUCUCAAAUACCCUUCAUUUCUCCUAAAAGCACACCGCCACCACAGCCGCUCAAGAACAACAACCCCUUCUACCACUCGCCACUAACUCAACGCUCCUCUCCCUCCAAGUCGAGGAACCGACAGGCACAGGCACUCUACAUGAGUGACGACUACGAACCCGACGCGGUCGCGGCUGCUGCCGUGCCCGUCCACACCUCCUUCUCCACUGACGCUGCCAUCGGUCCUUCCAUCGAUGCCACAACGCGCGACAAGCAAAUCCAGGAUCUCGUCUCCAACAUGGUCAACGUCACUGAGGUGUCGGACGAUGCAAAGACGAGCGCCAACAUACCCGGCCUCAAGUGCUUGCUCCUGCCUCACCAGGUGCAAGGCGUCACCUGGAUGCGCGAGCGUGAAAAGGGCAAGGCCAAAGCAGGCAUUCUUGCCGACGACAUGGGUCUUGGCAAAACGGUACAGACGCUUGCUCUCAUCGUCUCGAACAGACCCGGUCAAGACUCCUCCACUAUCGACCUCGAAAUACCAGCAGAGGGUGCGGCUGGCAAACGCGGCAAGAAGGCAGCAGGAGGCAACGGUCAGAACGGCGUCGAUCAAGCAGCAGCAGCAGCAGCAGCAGCAGCAGCAGCAGCAGCAGCAGCAGCAGCAGCAGCGACAGAAUCAUUGCCCCUCGAGCUGCUCCCUCGUCGAGAGAUGGCAUCCAAGACGACCCUCAUUAUUGCUCCUCUUGCCGUCAUCAAGCAGUGGGAGCGCGAAGUCGCCGAAAAGACACAGGCAGGCUUGAAAGUUUACCUCUACCACGGUCCAUCGCGCGCCAAAAAGGCUUCCCACUUCACCAAAUUCGAUGUGGUCAUCACCACCUACACCACCGUGGCUAGCGAGUACGGCAACUACCUCUCCAAACUCGAAGCACAAGCGAAGGGUGCUCUGCCGCUCUCCACGUCUUCUACAAAGUCGACAUCCAAGUCGAAAUCCAGCUCAAAGUCCAAAUCGGCUUCUCAUUCCACUGUUCGGUUGUCUCGCGUCGAUUCCGAUGCCGAGUCUGGCUUAGACGCUAAGCCCAACGAAGUCGAUUCCGAGGACUCGGACGACUCGUUUGCAGCCGACGCUCCGAUCGCAAAAGCCGUCAAGAAGAUCAUGCCCACGCCUCUAUUCGAGUCGUCCUGGCUCCGUAUUGUGCUUGACGAAGCACAAAACAUCAAGAACCACAAGGCGAAGUGCUCCCGUGCCUGCUUCCUUCUCGCUGCCAACGCCGAAUCUCGAUGGUGCCUCACCGGCACACCGCUUCAGAACGAUGCCUAUGAGAUGUUUUCGCUCAUCCACUUCUUACGCGUGCAGCCGUUCGAUGACUUUCAGCAUUUCAGGGAGAAGAUUGGCGAGCCGCUCAAGUCGAACAAUCAAAACAGAGUCAAUUGGGGAAUGAAACGACUCUGCUUCGUGCUGCAAACCAUCAUGCUGCGUCGUACGAAAGAGGCAAAGAUGGACGACGGCAAGUCCAUCCUCAAUCUACCCAAACGCAAUCUCGAGCUGCUCGAGCUCGAGUUCGACAGUCCUGAAGAGAAGAAGUUUUACCUUGGUCUACAGGAGAGGAUCAGGGAAGCCUUCGAAAAGGAAGACGAGCGCCAAAGAGCCACUGGCAAAAAGGCAAACAUGAUUGCGGGACUCGUGCUGCUGCUCAGGCUGCGCCAGGCAUGCAGCCAUCCCGCCAUGGUCACCGGCAGCUUGCGUACAGAUGCAGGUGCCAUGGGCUCUGCUGCCACUGCUGAGCAUUCUUCUCAGCACCCUGUCGCCAACGUAGCCGACGAGGAAGAAGAUGACGACGACGAUGACGGACUGGCUGCCAUGCUUUCGGGCCUGAGUGUCAAGGCCAAACGCUGUGACCAGUGCCACGUCGAGGUCUCUGCCAAUGCUGCCGCACCUUCUGCCGAGACACCCAACGAUCCAGGCGACCUCAUGGCUGCUGUCAACCCGAAUCUUGCGAGUCGUCGUCUCUGCAUCGAUUGCAUCGCCAUUGCCACCAACCAUCCACAGGACCUGUUCGCAUCCUCUUUUGGCUCUACCAAGAUCCGCAAGAUGAUCUCGCUUCUGUCGCAGAUCCGCGCCGGUGACGCGACCGAAAAAACGAUUGUCUUUUCACAGUUCACCUCCUUCCUCAACAUUGUCGAGCCGCAUCUGCGACGUCAUCACUUCAAUUACGUGCGCUACGACGGAUCCAUGAAGCCUCAGGAACGCGAGUCGGCGCUCGAACGCAUUCGCGUCGACCCUUCGGUCACUGUGAUCCUCAUCUCGUUCAAGGCAGGUAGCACGGGUCUCAACUUGACCAGCUGCAGCAAAGUCAUCUUGAUGGAUCUCUGGUGGAAUCCGCAGAUCGAGGAGCAAGCCUUUGACCGAGCCCACAGACUUGGGCAGACCAGAGACGUGACCAUCUACAAGCUCAGCAUCAAGGACACGGUCGAAGAGAGGAUCUUGAAGUUGCAGGAGAAGAAGAGAGCGUUGGCGAAAGCGGCUCUAGAGGGAAGCAAGCUGGUGAAAGGCAACAGACUGGAUUUCAAGGAGAUCUGGUUCUUGUUCAAUGGUACCGAUCACUGA